AGAGCAGUAUGUUAUAGCUAAAUAAUUUAAUUACUUUAAAACCAAUUCUCUAAAGGCCAUUAGUCUAGCUUCGAUAGUUUGGCGACAGGGACGUCGAAUGAAAAUCAUACUAUAUUUUGGUAAAAUGGCUACACAUAAAAUUCCAUUUAUAUUAUCUAUUUUAAUCCUCACUUCUUCAGUUGUGACGGCAGGUCCGCUGGGUGUCGGUAUUUGCUAUGCUGGAUGUGCUGGAGUAACUGUUGCGUGCUUUGCUGCAGCAGGAGCCACGUUUGGCACAGUUCCCGCUGCUGUUAUUGCGGCAUCACCAGCGUUGGCUGCAUGUAAUUCAGCAUUUGCUGGAUGUUAUUCUGCUUGUGCUUUAGCACUAAUCGCACCAACUCCAUAGCAACAUGGUAAAUUUUCUACAAUUUUUACUUAUAAUAAUAAUAAUAAUAAUUUAAAAAUAUUAAAUUGUUACUUUUGAUGUUUUCAAUAUAUGAGUGUGUUAUCAAACAUUAUUAUUUACUUUGUAUUUUACUUAAACAAUUUUUUCUUUUAAAGUAACUAAUAUUUGAUUAAUUAUAAAUUAUUUAUGAAAAUUUGA